ACAGCUGCAGCUUCACAGAUACACACAGAAUCUUGCUUAAAAUAGAUUUUUUUCCCCCAACUUUUAAUCAGUAUUUGUUCAGUUAAGUAACCUCUGUAUGUGUAGCAGCCGUGUUGUGCGUCGUCGUGUGAACCUGCAGACAGACAGCCUUGUUAAAGCUGUUAGCCUGACAGCUAAAGUUGCAGUUGGGCAGCUCGUUGCUUAUAGUUAGCACCGAUGAGGGAAAGCAAACCCCGCUUUCAAUGCUGUAAACAGGACUGAGCAGCUCGUACUGAGUUACCGAGCUAGUGGGCCGCUGUCUGCUAAAAAAAAAAGAAGUCAACAUAAUGACAGAGGAUGCUGUCCUGCUGAAUGUACCUGUCAUUCGGCAGCUGUACCACUGGGACUGUGGGUUAGCCUGCUCCAGGAUGGUGCUGAAGUACCUCCACCCAGUCAGUGAUGAGGAGUUUCAGAGAGCAUGCUGGGAGCUGAAACUGACGGAGAGCGUGUGGACUAUUGAUCUGGCCUACCUCAUGUGCCAUCUAGGAAUCAAACACUGCUUUUGCACACAGACUCUGGGUGUUGACAAGGGCUUUAGGAAUCAGUCCUUUUAUAAGAAGCAUUUUGAUACUGAAGAAGACAGAGUGAAUGAGCUCUUCCUUAAAGCAGAAACCAAAAGUGUUGUGGUGAAGAAAUGCUCUGUGACAGUUCAGGAAAUCCAGUCUCACCUGGAGCAGGGUCACGUUGCCAUAGUGUUAGUCAAUGCUGUCGUCUUGACGUGUGAACUCUGCGCCUCACCUGUCAAAUACUGCUGCUUCCUGCCUGUGGGUCAGAAGUGUUUCUGCAGGAAACCCGAGUACCAGGGUCAUUUUGUGGUCGUGUGUGGCUUCAACAGGACCACAGGCUGCAUUUUCUACAAUAACCCAGCGUAUUCUGACCGGGUGUGCUGCACCAGCGUCGGUAACUUCGAGGAGGCUCGGCGGAGUUACGGGACGGACGAGGACAUCCUGUUCAUCUUUAAGGAGAGCUGAUGGACAGCGGAUACACGAAUUCGGACGUCGCUCCUCCUGGCUCAUUAUUCUAAUAGUGACAUCAUUAACGCAGGUCCUGGACUAGUGGCUCCUGUCGUCAUAGGCCCCUCGCCCCACCCAGGGCCAUCCUCUCCGGUGCUAAUGAGUCCAACUGCUCACAUGACAAACACUUAGCUGCAUAGUCACCACCCUCGUUCUCCAUUAUACAGCCCACACUACUUGACAUGUGAAGGAUUAACAGUUGGAAGGUUUGACACAUUUAUGUUGAAUUGUUUAUUUUUGUAUGUUUUUCUUUUAGAUUAAUAGAUAAUUUCAUCAUGUUUUUUGUUGAGUUUUAAUGAAUACUCACCGACUGAAAUCUCAAACUAUGAACAGAGUAUUUCAGACUAAAAAUGGAUGAAUUGUGGGAAUUAUUAUGACUUAGAAUAAGACUUACCAGGAACUACGGUGCACAUAAUUCAGGGCUGACAACAUUUUGUAGAUCCCCCCUUUAUUUGUUGUGUGUCAGGUGUUGACGUCAGAAGGGGCUCAUUCGUAGCCACCAGCUUCACCUCUACUUGCCUUUUUUUAAAGAUAUCCUCCUAACUCACCUCUCCGUCACUUUUUUUAUUCACGUGAUUAUUUGAACAGGGAACUAAGGAAGUAGUCGUGCUUUUGAACGUCUCAGGUAAUUAACGCCCUAAAGUGUGACAUGCGCUUAAAAUGACAAAACUAGUUCAAUGCAAUACUCCAUAGUCUUAUCUAUGGGACUGAAUCUGCCU